AAAAUAAAGAAGUCUUACAAUUCAAAACCAUAGAAAGUUCCAGAAACCCUAGUAAAAUCCCUUCUCUAUAUAACCCUUCGGUUCCCCAAUUAGAUCUUAAUUCGUUCUUUCAAGUCUCCGUUUUCUUUUCAUUUCCCCCAUUUCUCUCUGCCUUGAUCGGCUCUUGUUGUUCUCACUUCUUCUACAAUGGCGGAUACUGAAACGUUUGCAUUCCAGGCCGAGAUUAAUCAGCUCCUCAGUCUCAUUAUCAACACCUUUUACAGCAACAAGGAGAUUUUCCUUCGUGAACUUAUCAGCAAUUCCUCUGACGCUUUAGACAAGAUUCGAUUUGAGAGUCUGACUGACAAGAGCAAGCUCGAUGCUCAGCCUGAGCUUUUUAUUCACAUCAUUCCUGAUAAGGCAAAUGGCACAUUGUCGAUCAUUGACAGUGGUAUUGGAAUGACCAAGGCUGAUUUGGUGAACAAUCUUGGUACCAUUGCAAGAUCUGGGACCAAGGAGUUCAUGGAAGCUCUUGCAGCUGGUGCUGAUGUGAGCAUGAUUGGACAGUUUGGAGUCGGUUUCUACUCGGCCUACCUUGUGGCUGAGAAGGUUAUCGUUACCACCAAACACAAUGAUGAUGAGCAGUAUGUAUGGGAGUCCCAAGCUGGGGGUUCGUUCACAGUCACCAGGGACACAUCUGGUGAGAAUCUUGGCCGAGGUACAAAGAUUACCCUGUACCUAAAGGAAGAUCAGCUUGAAUACCUUGAGGAGCGCCGUCUUAAGGACUUGAUCAAGAAGCAUUCCGAGUUUAUUAGCUACCCCAUCUCUCUCUGGGUUGAGAAGACCAUUGAGAAGGAAAUCUCUGAUGACGAAGAUGAGGAAGAGAAGAAGGACGAGGAAGGAAAGGUUGAGGAAGUUGAUGAGGAGAAAGAGAAAGAAGAAAAAAAGAAGAAAAAGAUCAAGGAAGUUUCCCACGAGUGGUCUUUGGUGAACAAGCAGAAGCCUAUCUGGAUGAGAAAGCCAGAAGAGAUUACAAAGGAAGAGUACGCUGCUUUCUACAAGAGCCUUACCAAUGACUGGGAAGAGCACUUGGCCGUAAAGCACUUCUCUGUCGAAGGUCAAUUGGAAUUCAAGGCCAUCCUCUUUGUUCCCAAGAGGGCUCCUUUUGAUCUGUUUGACACAAAGAAGAAGCCAAACAACAUCAAGUUGUACGUUCGCCGUGUCUUCAUCAUGGACAAUUGUGAGGAAUUGAUUCCUGAAUACCUUGGCUUUGUUAAGGGUAUUGUGGAUUCUGAGGAUCUCCCCUUGAAUAUUUCUAGAGAAAUGUUGCAGCAGAACAAGAUCUUGAAGGUCAUCCGAAAGAACUUGGUCAAGAAGUGCCUUGAGCUCUUCUUUGAGAUUGCCGAGAACAAGGAAGACUACAACAAGUUCUACGAGGCCUUCUCCAAGAACUUGAAGCUUGGUAUCCACGAGGAUUCCCAGAACAGGCCUAAGAUUGCUGAACUUCUUCGCUUCCACUCUACCAAGAGUGGCGACGAGUUGACAAGCUUGAAGGAUUACGUGACCAGAAUGAAGGAAGGUCAGAACGAUAUCUUUUACAUCACUGGUGAAAGCAAGAAAGCGGUAGAAAACUCCCCUUUCCUUGAGAAGCUCAAGAAGAAGGGUUACGAAGUUCUGUUCAUGGUUGAUGCAAUUGAUGAGUACGCGGUUGGUCAAUUGAAGGAAUUUGAAGGUAAGAAGCUUGUAUCAGCAACCAAGGAAGGUUUGAAACUUGAUGAGAGUGAAGAUGAGAAAAAGAAGAAAGAAGCUUUGGUGGAGAAGUUCGAUGGGCUAUGCAAGGUGAUCAAGGAUGUUUUGGGCGACAAAGUCGAGAAGGUUAUUGUUUCAGACCGUGUUGUGGAUUCUCCGUGCUGUUUGGUAACUGGAGAAUAUGGAUGGACAGCCAACAUGGAAAGAAUCAUGAAGGCUCAAGCAUUGAAGGACAACAGCAUGGCUGGUUACAUGUCUAGCAAGAAGACCAUGGAAAUCAACCCGGAGAACCCCAUCAUGGAAGAGCUAAGGAAGAGAGCCGAUGCCGACAAGAAUGACAAAUCUGUUAAGGAUCUUGUUCUUCUUCUUUUUGAGACUUCCCUUCUAACAUCCGGAUUCAGCCUUGACGAGCCAAACACCUUUGGAAACAGAAUUCACAGGAUGUUGAAGCUUGGAUUGAGCAUCGAUGAGGAAGCUGGAGAGGGAGAUUCUGAAAUGCCGCCUCUUGAGGAUGCUGAUGCUGAUGCAGAGGGUAGCAAGAUGGAGGAAGUCGAUUAAUUUUGAACAUAAAAGCGUUGAAUCCGGUAUCAUCUUUUUCAAGGGUUCGUUAUGUUAUGGUUUUCAUUACAACAUAUAUUUUGUCCUGUCAUUUAGCGGUUAGUGUAUGGCUUAUUAAGUACUUCUUUUUUUUAUAUCUGAUUAGUUGCGCCCCACUGUUCGUUUUACUCAAACAUUUUGUGGUAACUUCACUAAUGGUAUAUUUUACUCCAAAUGUCUCAGUAUCUUUCACAUCUUCCUCAAACUUAUUGCUGCUUUACUUUUUGGCUUCAAAUUGGUUUGGGGUUGAGAACUUUGAAUUUCUGUGGCAGUGGGGUGUUAGUGUGUUAGGCUUACUUACAAUUGAAAAGAUCUAUUGAUAGUUUAA